CACAGGAAGAAGCAAGAACAGGGUAGACACACAAACACAAGGCCCCCCCCCAACAUACACACGGUUAGGAGGAGCAGUGAGGAGCACGAAACACACACCCUUCAGCAUCCUUUCAGGAGCAGCUUAGCAUCAGUACCCAAGAUCAUCCACCUCUCGCAGACAGUGUAAUCUGCCAGUAUGGCUGAAGGUGCAGGUGAGGUUUCGCUGGGAGAAAUUGAGACUUCAUUCCGUAAAUUUGCAGUUCAUGGAGACACCAAGGCGACGGGGAAGGAGAUGAACGGGAAAAACUUUGUUAAGCUGUGUAAGGACUGCAAGGUCAUCGACGGAAAAAACGUCACCAGCACGGAUGUGGAUAUCGUCUUCAGCAAAGUCAAGGCUAAGUCAGCACGUGUCAUUACAUUUGAGCAGUUUACUCAAGCCAUGUCUGAACUGGCUCCGAAACGUUUUAAAGGGAAAAGCCAGGAGGAGGCAGUACAGAGUCUCUAUGGUCUCAUUGCCGGAAAAGAACCUGCCAACAUAGGUGUCACUAAAGCGGCAAAAGCGGCUGCUGUUGACCGGUUAACCGAUAGCAGUAAGUACACUGGUUCUCAUAAGGAGCGCUUUGACGCAUCAGGAAAAGGAAAAGGCCGCGAGGGGAGGGAGGACAUCCCGGAUACCAGCGGAUACGUCUCGGCAUUCAAAGGCCAAGGCACCUAUGACAGCAAAGUAAAAGAGGACGAAUGAGAGAGAAAUAGCUAAAAAGAGACAAAUGCUUUAUGUAUGUGCAUUAUGACAUUGUAUAAAGUCUUCCUAUUAUUUUGUUAGCAUCUGGAUUUUGGCAUGCAUGCAAAACAAAUCGCUGCAUGGCUCACAGACUUAGGUUUGCAGAAGAUUACGCUUUGCGAAUGUACUCUCACAAAAAUACCCCAGGCUAGGUUUUUGUCUUAACGUCAAGUUAAUGACUGUUGAUACCUGCUGUUUAGCAGUAGAGCUUUUACAGUAAUGAGGUAAUUUAUGCAAUAAGUAGCAGUUUAGUCAUUUUAAGUGUAAUAUAUUGCUGACAUUACUGUGUUAAUUUAUUUAUGUCCCAAUGUUACACUAAAGUGAUUUCAGUUCUUCAUCUUAUUUUCAGAAAUCCCUCAUGUUUAACACUCAUGUUACUCAUGUUUACACAAAAAUUUUAUUCAAAAGAUAAAUUCAAUUUGAUUAAAUGCAAGUAAAAUUAUCCAGGAAGUAAAUUAGUCAUUGUACCUAGCUUUAAUGUAGUUAUGUAUCUUUUUUAGUAGUUAGUGUACCUUACUAUUUUAUCAAAUGGUAGCAUGACUGUAUAGUCCAACAACAAUACGUUAAAUUAUGUAGCUUUCCCAAAACUGUAAAAAGAAACACACUCUUUCACACUUUCAUCCAGUAAGUACACUAAACAGACAAAACCGCUUUCCUUGUAGAAGAUAUGCAACAGCACUACCUAACAGAAAAUGGUCAUGUUGACAGAGAUUGGGUCAUUGUGUUACAUUUUUUUAUUUGAUUGCAAGCAUAUUUGCUCAACUCUUUUGACCAUUUUACAUAAUGCUUUCAGCUUCCAAAAAUAAAACUUGAAUGUGGAAACGCUA